AUGACCUCGAGUUAUUACGAAGGACAUGAGCCUUAUCUAUCCCCCCUCCUCUGUGGCAAUUGUCCAAAGCAUCAAUCAUUGUAUAUCUUGAAAUCUCCUCGUGAAGAGGUCGUUGGCAAACCCGUUGUCUUUAUGACACGCGAGCAUUUUAUCAAGUGCCAACAUGUCGUCCGCCUGGGCAGCGGCCAUAACAGCUUCGAUAGUAGGCAAUUUCGUUUCGUCCAUCAUAGGGACAAUUUCCGUUGUCGGCACGUUAAACAAUUUUCUCACAUUUUUCCACCCUUCCUUCAUUCCUUCCUUCUUUCCUCUCUCUCUCUCUCUCUCUCUCUCUCUCUCUCUCUACCGCUUUCACUACUUCUCUCUCUCCCUCUCUCUAUUUCUCUCUCUUUCUCUCUUCCUCUCUCUCUCUCUUUCUAUCUCUCCCUCUCCCUCUGUUUUUCUCUUACUCUCCUUCUCUCUUUCUCUUACUCUCCCUCUCCCUCUGGCUUUCUCUCUCUCUCCCUCUCUCUAUUUCUCUCUCUUUCUCUCCCUCUCUUUCUUUUUCUCUCUUUCUCACCCUCACCCUCUCUCUCUCUCUCUUCGAGUCAUGAAUAA